UGCACCACCGUCUUCCGUUGCCGCAUGCCCAUUUCCGUUUGGCAUUUUGAAACUUAUGUUUCGACAGCUCAAACGGAACUAAAGGCAGAUCCCCUCAAGUCCGAUGGUGGAAAAGGUGCUUGAUGGAGGGAUGCACCACCGUUUUCCGUUUGUCAUUUGGCUGCAUGCCCAUUUCCGUUUGGCAUUUGGCUUCAAACAAACUGAGCUUAUUUUUCGUCAACUCAAACGGGAACUAAAGGCAGAUCCCCUCAAGUCCGAUGGGGUGGUUCAGUUUGUCUCACUGCUAUAAAUAAUACACCACCUGAAGCUUAGCCAUUCACAAUAUUAUUUCUUCAAGCUCAGUCAUUGGCAAUUCAUAAUGGCAAGAACACAGCAGAAGAAAUCGCUAUGGACCCCAGAAGAAGACAAUAAGCUCAAAGAAUUUAGGCGCAAAUACCCCAAUCUAUCUUGGCCAGCUAUCGCAAAGCAGGCAAAGCUGAACAGGACUGGUAAGAGUUGUUGGGAGAGGUGGGAGAACAAUCUGAAUCCUGAUAUCAACAAAGAUGAAUUCUCCCGAGAGGAAGAUGACAUCAUCAUCCAGCAAAUGUCGCUUCCUCAGAAUAGCUGGGCAUCUAUGGCAAAAAAUGAUCUUCGUGGGCGAGCUGCUAAUGCUAUCAAGAACCGGUGGAACCACCGCUUGAAGAAGAGACAUGCGACUAUAAGUGACCUUAGGCGACACCUUCUCUACCUAGAGGAACACCUCAUGGAUGAUGAGGCUAGUGAUCACUCUGUCCGGGGAGGUGACCUUGAGGCUUUGAUGGCCGAGUUUGCUUCUUUGAUUCCCAACGUCGAUCCAAGUGAGACUAGUGAUCACUCUGUCCGGGGAGAUGACCCUGAGGCUUUGAUGGCCGAGCUUCCUUCUUUGAUUCCCAACGUUGAUCCAAAUGAGACUAGUGAUCACUCUGUCCGGGGAGAUGACCUUGAGGCUUUGAUGGCCGCGUUUGCUUCUUUGAUUCCCAACGUAUAUUCAAGUGCAAUUAGUUCGAUUCCUGAACACACCAGCUGA